GGCUGGAUGCAGACCGCACUGAGUGUUAGACACGCUUCUCUCGCAGCCCAUUGUAAGGCUUAAAAAAAAUGUAUAGAAGGAGGAACAAUUAGGACGUUUCAGCAUCUAUGCGAAGAUGUUUUAUUUUUAAUUGUGGUUGGGACUGGGACUCUGUAAAUGAGCUGUUUAAUAACUCUACUCUCGCCCAGUCCCUGCUCGCUGGAUUUGUGUGUCUGACACCGCCAGUUCUCCAAACCCUCCUGGUGCAGGAGCGGGGAUGAAGCAGCCCUGAUGUCCACUUGGCCGGAGAUAGGGUAUUGGGAAUGGUACCAGAUCAAUUCAGAACAGGCCACGAUGCAUCCGACCAGUGCAAGCAAUGUCACAGAGACUGUGGAGGGAAACAAUUGGAACACUUCCAGAGAGUGGCACUUGAUGAGCAUUGAUCAGUCCAGAAACAUGGUCUACCCAUCCAUGGCUGAGAGUACCAAGCUUCUCAGUGUCCAGAUCACCCUUAUUAUGGCUUAUGCAUUGAUCAUCCUCCUGGGCCUGGUGGGAAACUCCCUGGUCAUUUAUAUGAUCAUAAAGUACAAAACCAUGCGAACUGUCACCAACUUCUUCAUUGCCAACCUGGCCUUGGCUGACCUCAUGGUGGACACACUCUGCUUGCCAUUCACCUUGGUUUAUACUCUCCUGGAUGAAUGGAAACUUGGAGCUGUCCUUUGCCACCUUGUCCCUUACGCUCAGGCUUUAAGUGUCCAUGUAUCCACUCUGACUCUAACAGUGAUCGCUCUGGACCGCCAUCGAUGCAUCGUCUUCCAUUUGGACAGCCGCAUUUCCAAGAAGUUCAGCUUCAUAACCAUUUCCAUGACCUGGUUGGUGUCGGCUAUCCUUGCCGGGCCAUUGGCCAUCUUCAGGGAGUACAAAAUCGUCGACUUGCAGCCCAUUAACCUGCAGAUUGUGGUCUGCUCUGAGAAAUGGCCCAGUGGGAACACCCAAGAUGGAACCAUCUACAGUAUCUCAAUGUUCAUCCUACAAUACGUGCUGCCGUUGAGCAUCAUCAGUUACGCCUACAUUAGAAUAUGGAUCAAGUUAAAGAGCCAUGUUAGUCCGUGCGCGCGGAGUGACAGUCAUUACCGACGGAGAAAAACCACCAAAAUGCUUGUGAUGGUGGUGGUGGUCUUUGCAGUCUGCUGGCUGCCCUUGCACACCUUCCAGCUGGCCAGCGAUCUGGACAAGCGCCUCUUUCAGUUCACAGAAUACAAGCUGCUCUACACCAUCUUCCAUGUGCUGGCCAUGUGCUCCACCUUCGCCAAUCCCCUGCUGUACGGCUGGAUGAACAAGAACUAUCGCAACGGCUUCAUCUUCUUCUUCCGCUGCAACCACAACGUGGACAACCUCAACAACGUGGAGACGUCAGUCAAGGCCAGGCUGCACCCUUUCAGGGUGGAAGCUCACAAUGGUAGCCUUUGCAAUUACAGGGCUACGAAUGGACAUCCACCAACAGAGGUUUAGUGGGGGGCUGGGGGCUGUGGUUUUGGGGGGAGUCGGGUGAAUGUGGGAUUUCACCUUCUACACAGUCAACAGUAUUGAUAGCACCUCGUAUGGAUCAGGCUGUUUGUAGUUCUCCUUCUGGUCAGUGGUCGACAUUGUCCAACUAAGCUGCGAUUGAUUAAUGGAGUAACGCUAAGUAAAAUAAUCCACACUGUCACUGACUUACUUUUUGAUUAAUGCAUGAGCAUCUUUGGCCAGGUUAAACUUCAUUACCCAGCCCCAUAUUUUGAAGGAAGUGGUGAGCAGACUGGCGCAGCAGGAAGGUGUGUUUGUUUUCUUUCUUCCCCUCUUUCUCCCACACUACCACCUAAUUUUUCCCCAGCACCCAUGUCGCGU